CCCUAGAUAUUGUCGUCAUCUCUCUCUCUCCCCUUUGUGGAAGAGAAGUAACGCAGCGCAGGCACGCCUACCAAGGGAAGGGAAGGCAGGGACCCACCAUCGAUAUAAUUGCUCCAUCCCCGGCGGCACCUCUCUCGUUUCCUUCCACAGCUCCGCCGCUCCUUGCUCUGCUGCCUUCCCGUCCUCUGUCUCUGUCUGUCCUGGCGCCGCCUCGUCCUGCUCCACGUUCGGCUGGAUAGUGAUCACUAGUCAGCCACAGCUCUGAAAUGGGGGAGCCGGCGAAGGUGUACUACGACGGCUGCCCCGGCUGCGCCAUGGACAGGAGGAAGGAGAGCCGCGAGGGCGUUCCCUACAAGGAGCUGCUCUUCGUCGGCACCACCACCUUCGCCUCGGCUCUGCCAAUAACAUCCUUGUUCCCGUUUCUGUACUUCAUGAUAAGAGACCUGCAUGUUGCUCAAAGAGAAGAAGACAUUGGAUUCUACGCUGGCUUUCUCGGUGCAUCAUAUAUGAUCGGCAGAGGUCUUGCGUCAGUCUUCUGGGGCAUCAUAGCUGAUCGUAUUGGACGAAAGCCUGUAAUUGCAUUUUCGGUAUUUUCAGUCAUUGUUUUCAACACAUUGUUUGGACUGAGUGUGAAAUAUUGGAUGGCUAUUGCUACAAGGUUUCUUCUUGGUGCCCUGAAUGGAUUCCUUGCACCUGUAAAGGCCUACUCCAUUGAAGUUUGUCGACCUGAACAGCAAGCUUUGGGUAUAUCAAUUGUCAGCACAGCAUGGGGAAUGGGUGUUAUAAUUGGUCCAGCAAUUGGGGGCUACCUAGCACAGCCUGUCAAACAAUAUCCACAUCUGUUUCAUGAGAAGUCAGUGUUUGGAAGGUUCCCAUAUUUAUUACCAUGUCUAUUUAUCUCAUUUUUUGCUACCUUGGUUUUCAUAAGCUGUGCAUGGCUCCCAGAGACCCUACAUAAGCACAAAGGCCUUGAGAGAACAGUUGAAAUGGUAGAAGGUCCCACAGCUCAAGAAAGCACAGAACCACCUAAGAAGAGUUUACUUAAAAACUGGCCUUUGAUGUCCUCCAUUAUCACAUACUGCGUCUUCUCCCUUCAUGACACUGCAUAUGUUGAGAUAUUUUCUCUAUGGACUGUAAGUAAUAGAAAAUACGGCGGCCUUAGCUUUUCAUCUAAAGAUGUGGGCCAAGUUCUUACAGUUGCAGGCGCCAGUCUUCUAGUAUAUCAACUCUUUGCUUAUCGUUGGGUUGAUAAAACUUUUGGACCUAUCCAGUCAACCCGAAUUUCGUCGGCACUGUCUAUACCAAUAAUUGCUGCUUAUCCCUUCAUGACACACCUAUCAGGAAUAAGACUUGGUGUGCCGCUCUACAUUGCAGCAAUGCUGAAAAGUGUAUUUGCAAUAACCAGAGUUACUGGCACUUCUCUGCUGCAAAACAAUGCUGUGCCACAAGAACAAAGGGGCGCUGCAAAUGGAAUAGCUACAACUGCAAUGUCUUUGUCGAAGGCUUUUGCUCCAGCUGGAGCAGGCAUUAUAUUCUCAUGGGCACAGAGGCGCCAACAUGCCGCGUUCUUUCCAGGAGACCAGAUGGUGUUUCUGCUACUGAAUCUGACAGAGCUGAUCGGGCUGAUACUGAGCUUCAAGCCUUUCCUGGCAGUUCCCCAGCAGUACAAAUGAAGCAUAUAGCUAGAGUUGGUGUCGCCAGAUGAGAGAGAUGGAAAUGGCAUUAUCAAGCUAGCAAUGCGUAGGGAAGAUUGAAAACACAAUCGUGUGUACAGUGCAAUUUAGUUUGGAGUCCGCUGCAGUGUUCGAGUUGGUGCACAUGGAGGACCUGUUAUAUAAUCGCCUGGGAAUGAAAUUGGGUUGUUGCACUGUUGAA